CACAAGUUUGUCCCGAACGGCCAUAAAUUCAAAACCAAUCAACAAUCUAGUGGCCAACCUAUCGGCUAAUCGGUAAUAUUUGUCAAAAUAUUACUAUCGGUUGGCAUUUGGCCGCUGGUCUGAGACCAAGGAUUGGUUAAUCAAUUGACGCCAACAUCAUAGCGCUUGUAUUGAGAGGAGAAGCGCACACAUCGUUACUAUCGGUUGACUGUCGUCUACAACACAUAUAUACAGUACUUACAGAUAUACACACAUAGAGUAUGUAUUGUAUUAUUGGAGAGUAAUAUGUGUUGUGUUGUGUUGUGUUAGUACAGUGUGUAAUACAUAAGCGAAUAGCCAUUCACUCGGAUCUCUCAGUCCUUAACUAUUGAUUCAUUUGAAAAAUCAGUUUAUAUUCAAACAGACCUCCAGUUUGUCUCUACACUACACUCUCAACUCAACCGCUGUUUGUGUGAAACCCAUUCAUUGCACAUAAAAAGCAACUAUCGGUGUGUCAUAUAUUCAGUUYAUUCAGUAUAUUAUUAGCUGAGCUCAAGACAUCACCCAAACAACUGUUCUCUCUCUCAGAUCAUUUACAAUGGCCGACCAAUUAACUGAAGAACAAAUUGCUGAAUUCAAGGAAGCGUUUUCUCUGUUCGACAAAGACGGCGACGGAACGAUCACAACCAAAGAGUUGGGAACAGUUAUGCGAUCGUUAGGUCAGAAUCCUACCGAAGCCGAACUGCAAGACAUGAUCAAUGAAGUGGACGCUGAUGGUAACGGAACGAUUGAUUUUCCCGAAUUUCUAACAAUGAUGGCCAGGAAAAUGAAAGACACGGAUAGUGAGGAAGAGAUUCGAGAAGCUUUUCGGGUGUUUGAUAAAGACGGUAAUGGAUUUAUUAGCGCCGCUGAGCUGCGCCACGUAAUGACCAAUUUGGGUGAAAAACUUACCGACGAAGAAGUGGAUGAAAUGAUUAGGGAAGCAGAUAUUGACGGUGAUGGACAAGUCAACUAUGAAGAAUUCGUAACAAUGAUGACAUCUAAAUGAAGAGUCAUUUUUUCGGUUCAUUCAAUUGGAUCUGUAAUUUAUAAUUAAAUUUCAUUAUAAAAACAAAUGUAAACAUAAUUUGAAAAAACAAAUACUAUUAUAAAAUACGAUAAACAAAAUUGAAUGAUAAAACAUAUGAU